AUGUCCGAAGGAACAGCUCAUAUUUUCUUUAUCGAUGCUAGUGCUGCGCUAUUCAAUAGUACCGUGUACGCUGUAGCAACGGAUCACAACAACCAGCGCCACAAACUUGGUAUCGUUAAUGCUGGCAAGACUCACCUAUUUGAUCUCGGUGAUAUCCCCGGCCUCAGAAACGGUGACAAUCUUCGAGUCGAGAUCAUCUCUGGCCAGGGGUUCGAAAACAUGGAUACCGUUGUCAUCACUUUCAUCAAGGAUGCGAGCAAGAAGGCUUCAUUCCUUGUCACUGGGACUGCAACCAACCCCAACAUCGCCUUCCAGGGACUCGAGUGA